UGAACCAAGGCUAACAGUUCGUUUAAAGUCUUUCUCUAUAUUUUUGGAUAUUUAAUUUCCGGAAUUGGAAAUUAAUGAUGGGACGACGAGGAAUUCUGACACACUUCAUCUUGGUUCUUCUUAUACUUCUAGGAUCGUCUCCAGAUGUUCACGCACAAGGAGGAGGGAAUUGUAUGGCGGAUACAGACUGUAACUCAGCAGCAGGAGGAGGAUUCUGUAACCUUGGGCCCAACUCCUGUACAUGUAUAAAUGGAUUCACGGGAGCGAACUGUCAAACAGCUCCAACCUCUCCUUCGCCUUCGGGAAACGGUAACGGUUCCAUGGCCUCGUUAAACACCAACAACGCUGUACUGCUGCUGACCCUCGGGGCAGCUUUAUAUAUUUUUCUUCAAAAGGAAAAGUCACGUGAGGAAGAGAAUCAAAUUUUGGAGUACGCCCUCUAUCGGCAAUACCUGCUUCCCAACUAGAACAAGGCGAACAAUCUCAUUUCACAUAAAGAAAAAGAUCACAUGAGAUUUGAAUCCAUGCAGUCUAUCUUUACGUUCCACUGAAUCGACAUGGAAUUAAAAUAAUAUUUUUGUAAUGCAAUUCUGUCUAAACUUAUAUGAGUGAAAUUUAUAAGGUGUUUAGUACAUGUACUGUGAAA